AGAUGAUAUCCUAUUAUCUGACGUUGGAAGCACCACGUUCUCUAUGGUUUUAUCACACAUAACUAAGAAAUAAAAAUACAACUGAUUCAAAGAAUGGAAACCCAUUAAAGAAACGGAAGCCAUUACUGCGUAACUCGAACUUAAAUACUCAUAAUUUAGUGAUGGAGUAUCUUAAAUUCUCUCUAGUUUUCCUUUCAUUUUUCCUCUUUUGGAACAUUUUCCGCAACAAAAGUGGCACCCCCACAAACUGGCCUCUUGUGGGUAUGUUACUUCCACUUCUCAGAAACGUUAACCGAAUUCACGAUUGGGUGUCUGAAAUUCUAGAAACAUCCCAACUAAGUUUCCUUUUCAAAGGUCCUUGGUUUACCAACAUGGAGAUGCUUGUCACUGUUGAUCCUGCUAAUAUACACCAUAUCAUGACUAAAAAUUUCUCUAAUUACGCAAAGGGAACCAAGUUUAAUGAAAUAUUUGAUGUUAUGGGAGACGGUAUCUUCAAUGUAGAUUUUGAUUUAUGGAAGUAUCACCGUAGUAUGGCACAUACUUUCAUCGGUCACCCUCAAUUUCGACAUUUUUUGGUAGUAAAGAUUCAGGAGAAAGUAGAGAAAGGUCUAAUACCGGUCCUUGAUCAUGCAGCUAAUGAAAGGUUAGUAGUUGAUUUGCAAGAUAUAUUUGCGAGGUUUACGUUUGAUAACAUAUGUACUCUUGUUAUGGGACAUGAUGUUGGAUCUUUAUCUAUUGAUUGGCCUCAUGUACCUUUCUCAAAGGCAUUAGAUGAUGUUGAGGAGGUGAUUUUGUAUCGUCAUAUAGUUCCUAUGAGUGUGUGGAAGGUUUUAAGGUGGUUUAGGAUAGGCAAAGAAAGGAAGUAUAAAAGGGCUUGGGAGAUACUAGAUGAAUUUAUCUAUAAAUGCAUAGCUAAAAAGAGAGCAGAGUUGGGGAAAAACGAGGUAGUUGGUGUUGAUUUAUUGACGUUAUACAUGGAUAAAAGCCAAAACGUUAACGUUAAGGAUGCUAGUGACAAGUUUUUAAGGGAUACUAUACUAAGUUAUUUUAUAGCUGGACGAGAUACGACUAGUUUGGCUUUAUCAUGGUUCUUUUAUCUCCUUAUAAAGAACCCGAGAGUGGUAUCCAAGAUCCGAGAUGAACUAGAAAAGAAGAUGACAAAAAUCGACGAUUUUAACAAUCUAGUUUAUCUUCAUGGAGCAUUGUGUGAAGCAUUGAGAUUGUAUCCUCCGGUGGUGUUCCAGGCAAAGGGUCCAACUAAACCGGACACACUUCCGAGUGGGCACGAGGUAAAUCCAAAUAUGCAAAUCAUCUUUAGCAUGUAUGCCAUGGCAAGGAUGAAAUCAAUAUGGGGAAAUGAUUGUUAUGAAUUUAAGCCAGAGAGAUGGAUAUCAGAAAGUGGAAAGAUUAUACAUGAGCCAUCAUAUAAGUUCUUAGUCUUCAAUGCUGGGCCGAGGACUUGUUUAGGAAAAGACAUGGCUUUCACCCAGAUGAAGGUGGUUGCUGCCACUAUAGUAAAAAACUAUGAGUUUCAAGCACUGGAAGGACAUCUAGUUGUCCCAGACAUCUCUAUAAUGCUUCGUAUGAAGUAUGGGUUAAAAGUUCAGGUUUUCAAAUCUUAGGUUUGUACUUUGUAAGAUGAGAUGUUAAGAUUUCACUUCAACUAUUGAGGGUCCUUUAUAUUAUUGUUGGAAGAGGAACUAAUAACGGGUGAGUGAUGAUUCAAAGUAGUUGCUUGUGGAUAGGAACACCUGUAUUUAGUUUGAUUAAGUCAAAUGUAGCGUGUUAAGUCUUUCGCUUGUAACUAGUUUGUGGGUGUUAGGUUGUUGAGAUCUUGGUGGUGGAAUAAGCAUGGUCAUCAAAUCAUGGGAAUUUGUUCCUUAUUUUCA